AUGUAUAAUCCAAUGUUGCUGUUCAAGGCCCCUAUGGUCAACCCGAUCAACCUCAAGGCCGAGUCAAUACCAGCCCUCAAUGUCGUUAACAUGUAUGGACGAGUUUGGUUCUUCUCGUGGUUCGGCUUCCUGAUCGCCUUUUGGUCGUGGUAUGCCUUCCCUCCACUCCUGUCAGUCACCAUCUCGAAGGAUCUUGGCAUGACUACCACCGAUGUCCUCAACUCCAAUAUCGUUGGCUUGCUUGCAACACUCCUUGUUCGACUUAUUGCUGGUCCUGCUUGUGACAAGUUUGGCCCAAGGUUGACAUUUGUUGGCUGCCUUCUGAUCGGUGCAGUUCCAACCUUCUUGGCUGGUACCUGCUACACAAUCGGUCAGCUCAUGGCGUGUCGAUUCUUUGUUGGUAUCCUUGGUGGCAGUUUCGUACCGUGCCAGGUAUGGUCGACAGGUUUCUUCGAUAAGCCAAUUGUUGGCACUUCGAAUGCUUUCAUUGCAGGCUUUGGUAACUCUGGAGGUGGCAUCACCUAUUUCCUCAUGCCUGCCAUCUUCGACAGCCUCGUCCGUCGACAGGGUCUGACCCCCCAUGUAGCAUGGAGAGUCACUUUUGUUGUCCCUGGUAUCUGCAUCGUCGCCGUUGCCAUUGCCAUGCUGCUCCUGACUGACGAUACACCAACCGGUAAAUGGGCAGAUCGCCACCAGGCUGCUCAGCGAAACCUUCAAGCACAUGGUAUCCAGGAGACUAUUGUCGAUGCUCCAACAGGUAUCCUGGCGAAGGAGGAUGACAGCUCUCGAUCCGGUUCCUCCUCCCCUCCCGCCGUCGACGAGAAGACCCUCGAAGCUGGACAGCGUCGACCAUCGAAAUAUGCCGAUCACGAAGCUCCUCUCUCCGAACAAUCGAUGUUAGAUACAGCUCGCGGUGAGAUCGUCGUCAAGCCUACCAUGAAAGAGAUGAUGCACAUUAUUAUCACGCCACAGACACUCGUAUGUGGAGCCGCAUACUUCUGCACAUUCGGUGGUGAAUUGGCUAUCAACUCGAUCCUCGGAAAAUACUACCUUCGCAACUUCCCAAGAUUGGGACAGACAGGUUCAGGUAACUGGGCCGCCAUGUUUGGCCUGCUGAAUGUUGUGUUCAGACCAAUCGGUGGUCUGGUUUCUGAUUACAUCUACAACAAAACCGGCGGUUCCGUCUGGGCGAAGAAAUACUGGAUCGCCUUCUUGUGUGUCGGCACAGGUGUCUUCCAGAUCGUCAUUGGCGUACUCGACACCCGUCAUCAGCCUACCCUCAUUGGCCUGGUCGCCGGCAUGGCUUUCUUCAUGGACGCUGGAAAUGGUGCUCUCUUCGCCUAUGUACCACAUGUUUAUCCUCAGGCAAACGGAGUCGUCUCCGGCUUCACUGGUGCCUUUGGUAACCUUGGUGGCAUUAUUUGCGCCGUUAUCUUCAGAUAUAUUGGCACUGACUAUGCGAAGAGCUUCUGGAUCAUCGGUAUACUCACAAUUGCCAUGAACCUGCCAGGUUUACUCAUCAAGCCAUUCCCCAAAGGUCAAAUUGCUGGCCGAUAG